AUGUACCGUGAAGUGGCCCCCUACCUGCGUCGAGGGGAAGUGGGGCAGCAGGUGGUGUUGGAGGGGAACAGGCUGGUGCUGACCUGUCUAGCUGGAGGAAGUUGGCCUCUCCAGUACCGCUGGACAUUUAACAACAGCAACGUCACUGACUGGUCACCUCAAUUUAGGUUGUCUGUCCCAAUGCUGAGCAGGACUGACGCUGGUCUGUACCAGUGUAUGGUUAGAAACAGGAUGGGAGCACUCAUAGACAGGAGAAUAGAGGUGCACGUGGCCUUCCUGGGAAGCUUCUCGACUGAUGACCAGAGGAGGACGGUGACUCAAGGCCGAGCAGCGGUCAUUGGACCUCCUCCACUUGCCUCCUUCCCUCAGCCUGUAGUUACAUGGUACCGAGACGGACACAAGAUCAUUCCCAGCAACCAUAUCGCCGUCACCUUGGAUAAUCAACUGGUUGUCUUGGCAACCACGGCAGCGGAUGCUGGACGCUACUACGUGGAGGCGGUGAACGAGCUGACGGGAGAGAACGUGACCAGCCCCUCUGUCUACCUGAGCAUAUCAGUUGGUAAGAAGAACCGUGGGUCAACAGACUCUGACUCAGAGCUUGUAUCGCCGACAAUCGUGUUUGGGCCAAAGAACACAUCGGUGAUGGCAGGGAGUGAGGCCACACUGGAGUGCAUUGCAAAUGUCAGACAACUGGACAGGCUAGUGUUGUCUUGGAAACGCGAUGGGCGUCGGUUGGCCAACGGGCGUCAGCUAAUUAUUCCGACCGCCACCUCCUCUGACAUAGGGAUGUAUGUUUGUGAAGCGUCGCUUAGCAACAGCACUGCCAAACCGGUGGAGGCCAGGGCACACCUCAUUGUAAUGGAGGCCCCCUCCUUCACCUCUCAGCCGAAGAGGAAGACCCAUGCUGCACUGGACAAGAAUAUAGACAUACCAUGCCUGGCUACAGGUGUGCCCCAGCCUAGGAUAGAGUGGUAUAAAGAUGCAGUCCCUCUCUCCAAACUGGCCAACUCUCGCUACAAGGUCACCGCGGCAACAGGGCUGACGAUACGGAGGGUGCAGCCAGGAGACGGCGGAAUAUUCCAGUGUUUCGCUCGCAGCGUUGCAGGAGAGGCCCAGACACAUACACAUGUUCUCGUCUCCGGUGUGGCUCCCACCUUUACUCUCGCACCCACCUAUCAGACGGUAACCGAUGGCAACAAGGCGUUAUUUAAUUGUCAAACCGCUGGGGCCCCCAAGCCAGCUAUCACCUGGAGGAAAGGGUCACAGAUCUUGGCAAGUGGAUCUAUCCAGACCCCCAGGUUCACACUGUUGGAGUCAGGGGGCCUGCGUAUUCAACCAGUCCACCUCCAGGAUUCUGGGGAAUACACAUGCAUCGCCUCCAACUCAGAGGGAAACAUCAAUACAACUGCUGCACUUACCGUGCUGAGUCGCACUGCCAUCUCCGUUCCUCCAUCAGACCAGCGUGUCAUCAAAGGAACCACUGCUGUUCUGGACUGUAAUGCUACACAUGACCCUAGAAUCAAUGUCAGUUUCCAGUGGGAUCGCAGUGGUGUGCUGGUCUUCCCUUCUAGUGGGGGACGUAUCUCCAUGCGACAAGGUUCCCUGACCAUUGGUCAAACGUGGUCAGGUGACAUUGGGGAUUACACCUGCACCGUGACAUCACAGGCUGGCAAUGACUCACGCUCUGCACGCCUGGAAGUAAUUGAGCUGCCCCACUCUCCUCGCUCCCUGACGGCUCGUCUCAAUGACACUGACUCGCGCUCCAUCCACCUGUCCUGGCUCCGCCCCUUUGACGGCAACUCCCCUCUUCUGCACUACCUGCUGGAGCUCUCUGAGAACAACUCACCGUGGAAGGUCUACCUAUCAGAAGUGGACCCUGGUGUGAUGGAAAUAUCAGUGGGCGGACUAACACCAGCCAGGACCUAUCAGUUCAGACUCUGUGCUGUCAAUCAAGUGGGCAGGGGCCAGUACAGUGCAGAGACACAAAGAUUAAUGCUGAGGGAGGAGGCCCCCAGUGCUCCCCCUAAGAACAUUGUGGCCAGUGGGCGGACCAACCAGUCGAUCAUGGUCCAGUGGCAGCCUCCGCCUGAAUCCCAGCUCAACGGAGUUCUCAGAGGAUACGUACUGAGGUAUCGGCUGGCAGGCCUGCCAGGGGACUACCAGGAGAAGAGCAUCAGUAGUCCAGAGACCAAUUACUGCCUACUUACUGAUCUGAUCAUAUGGACACAGUACCAGAUCCAGGUGGCUGCCUACACUGGAGCUGGCCUAGGAGUGUACAGCAGCCCUGUCACUGAGUACACACUACAGGGAGUUCCUACAGCGCCUCCCCAGGAAGUGGAAAUUGUUGCUAUCAACUCCACCACCAUCCGCUUCACAUGGAAUCCCCCCCCUCAGCAGUUCAUUAAUGGCAUAAACCAGGGAUACAAGUUAUCGGUCUGGCCAGAACAAUCACCUGAGGAUAUCACCAUAGUUACAAUCACCCCGGACUACCCCAGUUCGCGCCACACAGGAUUGGUCAGUGGACUCAAGAAAUUUACCUGGUACUAUGGCUCCACCCUCUGCUUCACAACGCCCGGUGAUGGCCCACGCAGCCCACCAAUUCUGCUGCAGACACAUGAGGCCACUCCUGGUCCUGUGGGCCAUCUGAGCUUCACUGAGAUCCUGGACACAUCACUGAAAGUCAGCUGGACAGAGCCCGAAGACAAAAAUGGUAUCAUUACAGGAUAUGUGUUGUGGUGGGAAGUGACCGGUGUGAACUCCACCCGCGAGGAGCGCUCCCUCUCCAACUCUACCCUGCAGUACCAGCUGACAGACCUCACCACCAUCACUUCAUAUAUAUUGCAGGUGGCAGCGCUGACUGCCGCAGGACAAGGCGUGGUCACAUCCUCCACCAUCUCAACUGGGGUCCCACCAGAACUUCCUGGAGCACCAACUAACUUGGUCAUCUCCAACAUCAGCCCCCGGUCUGCCACUCUGAGAUUCCGCCCUGGUCCAGAUGGCAAGACUGCCAUAUCACGAUGGAUUGUGGAGGGACAGGUAGUAAAGGAGAGGGGUAAGGAGGAAACGUGGAAGGUUCUCUAUCAAAAAGAUAACCAACCGGAGACAGAUACCCUGGAGAUCCCUGACCUCAUCCCAUUCACCCAGUACAGGUUCCGCAUGCAGCAGGUAAACAUUGUGGGUUCCAGUCCCCUCAGUGCGCCCUCCAGAGUGAUCCAAACUCUGCAGGCCGCCCCUGACGUGUCCCCCUCCAACCUCACUCUGGUGUCUGCUACACAGACAAGCCUUAACUUCCGUUGGCAGCCCCUCCCAGACUCCCAGUACAACAGCAGCCCAGAGACCAUGGGCUACCGGCUGUGUGUGUGGCAGGCAGAUGGCCAGGGGCAGGACAGAACAGAGGCGGUGGAAAGAAGUCGGCUGGAUGCGGGGAGCGGCAGCAAGGCAACAGUGGAGGGCCUCAGUCCCUGGACCCAUUACCAUGUCCAAAUACAGGCCUACAAUGCCAUAGGACCAGGGCCGUGGAGUAACGCUAUCACCGCACGCACAACAGAGUCAGUUCCGUCUGGUGCUCCAGUGAAUGUAAGUGCUGAGGCGGUGAGCUCUACAAAGAUUCUGCUCACUUGGUCUGCUCUUCCUCAGACACACAGGAAUGGAGUCAUACUGGGAUACAAGGUCUUGUACAAAGAGAAGGAGUCGACGUCACCCCCAAGUGCUGAGGUUUUAGAAGGAGAGGGCAGCUUGUCUCUGCUCCUCGGGGCUCUGAAGAAAUACAUGCCGUACACGCUGCAGGUCCUCGCAUACACCCGUAUGGGCGACGGUCCCCCCAGCAGCCCCAUUCUACUCAGGACCAAGGAUGAUGUCCCUGGCCCUCCAAUCAGGAUGGUGUUUCCGGAGGUUCGAUUGUCAUCAGUCAGAGUGGUCUGGCAGCCUCCAACACACCCCAAUGGCAUCCUACUAGGCUACCAGAUCUCCUACCGCCUGGACAGUGGUGACCCUCAACGCUGGACCACCGUUGAGGUGGGCUCUACCGCUCGCCAGUUCACUGUCACAGGCCUGUCGCAGGAGCAGACCUACGUAUUCAGACUGACUGCACGCACUGCCCUCGGUUGGGGAGAAGCCCAGGAAGCCUUGGUCAUCACCACAGAGCGUAGAGAGCGUCCCCAGCCACCCAGGAAACUAUCAGUUCCACAGGAGGGGGUUGAGUCUCGCAGACUCCGCCUCUACUGGGUUACCGGCAGCUCAGGCUCCUCCCCUCUGAGAUACUUCACUUUGCAGAUCAAAGAGUUGCCAAGUGGGGACUGGAGCACACACACCGCUGACAUCCCCCACAAUCUGACAGCUUGGACUGUUGACAGGCUUAAGCCCUUCACUUCAUAUAAGCUACGGAUGCUGGCCACCAACGACAUAGGAGAUAGCCCCCUUAGCAAGGAGACAGAGGCGGUCACAACCCUACAGGAUGUACCUGAUGAGCCUCCAAUCAUCCUUGCAGUGAAGCCAUCCACCACGACUUCGGUUCUGGUGCAGUGGAAGCGUCCCAGUGAUGAGAGUGUUAACGGGGUGUUGGUUGGGUAUCGGCUGUACUACAGAGAGCUCCUGGCAAACAACACCCCUCCCACUGAGAAGGAAUUUAUGUCAUCCAAAAACAACUCCACAAUAAAUGCCUUCAUCACUGCAAAAAGCACCUUCAAGACAGUCAACAGUGCCACACUAACUGAGUUUGAGUUGACACAGCUGAAAAAGUUCAGACACUACCAGAUUGUUAUGACAAGUUACAACAUUGUUGGUGAGAGCCCUCCCUCUGAACCGGUGGAGGUGUCUGUCGGAGAGGCAGCUCCAUCAGUGGCCCCACAGUCUAUCAAAGUGUCAGCUGUGGCUCCCACCAUCCUGGAGCUGACCUGGGACAUACCCCCUCUCGAGACCCAAAAUGGACUGAUCCAGGGAUACAAGAUUCACUACUGGGAGAGGGACAAACAGAACCAAAGUGAAAAGGUGAAGGUGAUUUUUGUCCCUGAAACCCGGGUGCGCCUGGUAAACCUCACUAGCUACACCCCUUACCUGGUCACCUUAACUGCCUUCAACAUAGCUGGAGAUGGCCCGCCCAGCGAGCCCCGGGGGGCAAGAACCCUGCAGUCUGCUCCCAGUCAGCCCAGCUUCCUGUCCUUCUCAGAGGUGACAGAAGGAAGUGUCAAUGUGUCCUGGGGACCUCCUCUUGCUCCUAAUGGACAGCUGGAGGGAUACAGGGUGGUCUACCAGCCCACUGCUCCUGUACAGGGAGUGAGCAAAGUUGUGACAGUGGAUGUGAAGGGGAGCUGGCAGCACUGGCUAAAGGUGCGAGACCUGACAAAAGGAGUAACCUACACUUUCAGCAUCCAGGCUCGCACAGUCAGCUAUGGACCACCAACAUAUGCCAACAUCACUGCAGAUCCACUACAAGGCACUCCUGGUCCGCCUAAGGAGAUGUCCAUCACCAAGUCCUCUUCCACCCUUACUAUCCAUUGGUCAGAGGGGGAAACAGGGGCGGGGCCUAUCAUUGGUUAUGUUAUUGAGGCACGUCCCUCAGAUGAAGGAGUAUGGGAUUCCUUCAUCAGACUCCUCCCUCCCAGCAGCAAGUCUGUUUCCGUGCCAAUGGAACGGCUGAAGUCGGGGAUCAGCUAUGAGUUUAGGGUUAUUGCACUCAAUCGCUAUGGAUAUGGAGAGCCAAGCACCCCCUCCACCGCACUGGCUGCGCUGACAGAGCAUCCUUUCUAUGAGGAGUGGUGGUUCCUGGUGGUCAUGGCCCUGGUGGGUCUCAUCCUCAUCCUGGUCGUAGUCUUCACACUGCUACUGCACGGACAGGGCAGCAAGUACAAAGCCUGCAGCACAGGGAAGCAUUUGUCUACAGUGGAUGAGUCUGUAACCCUGGACAAUGGAGGUUUUACAGCUCUGGAACUCAACAGCCGAACCCUCAAUAGCAAGAACUCCUUCUUAAAGAAGAAUGGAACCAGGUCCCCACCCAGGCCCAGUCCAGGAGGUCUCCGUUAUUCUGAUGAGGACAUCUGUAACAACUACAAUGGGACUGUGCUAACUGAGAGUACCACACUCACUGAGAAACCUACUGAGGUCUCAGAGUCAGAGCUGACAGACAGUGACUAUGAGGAUGAGCAGCCCAAGCACUCCUUUGUCAACCACUACAUGAGCGACUCCACCUACUACAACUCGUGGAAACGUCAGCCCAAAGGUCUGAAGGGAAUAAGUGCCCCUUUUGGCUAUGAGGAGUGUGCCAGUGCAGAUACAGAACCUUACUACCAGACCGUGGUUACCCAGCACAGCACAGGCGGUGCAUACACACCCACAGGCCAGCCUGUGCAUAUACAUGUCAACCCUAACACUAACCCCCCAGGGUCACGCACCCCUGUCACAGGAUUCUCCUCCUUUGUGUGA